UCUCUCUCUCUCUCUUUCUCUCUCUCUCUCGGAGGAAACCCUAAAGGUCGUCGAAGAGGUUUCAAUCAUGAAGGGAGGCAACUCGAAGUCGCAGUCCAGGAACGCUGCGCUCUCGGUGAACAAAAGGAAAUCGACUAAGAAGGAGAAGAAGGUGAAGGAUCCUAACAAGCCUAAGAGGCCUGCCAGUGCCUUCUUCGUCUUCAUGGAAGAGUUCAGGAAGCAGUAUAAGGAGAAGCACCCUAAUAAUAAAUCCGUUGCUGCUGUUGGCAAAGCUGGGGACAAGUGGAAGUCAUUGUCUGAUGCUGAGAAAGCUCCUUAUAUAGCCAAGGCUGAUAAAAGGAAGGUUGAGUAUGAGAAGAACAUGAAAGCUUACAACAAAAAACAGGCUGAAGGUACCAAAGCAGAUGAAGAGGAAUCUGAGAAAUCUAUGUCUGAGGUGAACAAUGAAGAGGAAGAUGAGGAUGGCAGUGAUGAGGAUGAUGAUGAGGAGUAGAUAUUUGGGAAGGGAAGGUAGUUUUUAUCUAGGUCAUCAAAUCGGUUUAGUUCUCUUUUGUCAAGGCAUCUGUAGUUUGAUGCUCAUUUAUUUUUUGGUGGCCCUCUGAUUUUGUUCCCUUUGAAGAAUGAAGAUGAGUACUUGUGGAAGGGGGAGAGCACAGCGACUUGUAUUGUGCUUUAAUGACUUUUAGAUGGGGGCUUUUAUAUUGUGUAGAGCUAUUAUUAAGUAAAUUCGAUUUGUGAUUUUAUCCAGUUCGUACUUUUCUUCUUA